AAGGUGAAGGGUUUUGAAUCUUUGAGACGAGAAAUGCCAUAUUAAAGUGAGAUUUUUGUCUGAAAUAGGCCGUCAUUAGUAGACUCUUUCAGCAUAAUUUUAUAGUAUUUGUGUGUACUAUCAAUGCUUAGUUAUCAGGUUUUGUUGUUUUCAACUAUAGUGAAGAUAAAUGAAAAGUCACAGUUUGUAAAUCAAUCAAAGUCAUUGAACAGCCGUCUUGACAGUUGUUGUUUGUGGUUUACUCUUUUGGGUGACCAAAAUUUGGAUGACAACCUCAAGAUGUAGUAAAAAAAACAUUCUGGUUCAUAAUGUUGUGUCAACGAGCUUUAAAAUUUUAGCAAAAUCCUUAAUUUCCUUUUUUUUGGCAUGGGUCUCCAAUGACAAACGCUUCAGUACAUGAGAUAACAUAUUUUUAGGAACAAUUCUCUGAAUUUUCCUUUUUUAUUUUGUAGGAUUUAUUAUGAUGACUCCACAGUUAUUCAUCAACUAUAAAAUGAAAUCUGUGGCUCAUCUUCCAUGGCGCAUGAUGACGUACAAGGCACUCAACACUUUCAUCGACGAUCUUUUUGCUUUUGUCAUCAAGAUGCCGACUCUUUACAGACUUGGAUGUUUUAGAGAUGGUAAGGACAAUUAUGUCACUAAAAACGUACAAAUAAUCACCUUUUUUGGGACAUUUAUCAAAGUGAGAAACCCAGAAGCUGUUAUGUUUUGUAAUUCAGUCAAGCCUCUGUAGACUUCGAGCAGUCUCUGUUUUUUGUUAGUCUGCCCUCGUUUCUCGCGUGCCGCUCGACGCUCUCGUGCGUGUUCGCACUCUCCUCAUUAAAGGGAACGUCCACUUCAACAAAAAGAUAACUUUAAAUCACAGGAAAUAACUGUUACAGUCAAGUCAAUCUAAAAUAUUUUUAAAGAAAGCGUUUGUAUCCGAAAGAAAUAACUAUUAGAUUCGCCUAUUUUUGUUUUCAAAUUUUGCGGGCGUCGCCAUCUUGAAUAACUGUGAAGUGUUACGGUUGCCCUAUUGUUAUUAAACAAAAGCUCUUUGUGUCAGAACAAUAGAACAACCAUUACACGUCACAAUUAUUCAAGAUGGCGGCGCCCGCGAAAUUUGAAAGUGAAAAUAAGCGAUUUUAAAAUUCACUUUUCUCGAUAUAAACACUUUUUUUAAGAACAAAUUUCGAACAAAUUUGUUUAUCAACAUAAUUUUAUUCGAUUUAAACUUAUUCUGUAGUAAGAGUGGAGGUUCCCUUUAAAUCUGUGGCUUAAUACGAACACAUCUUUCUGACUCUCCUCAGUCGUCUAUGAUCAUUCUUGUGCGUCCAGGUUUACACAUGCACCAGGUUUGCACAUGCACCAUGCUUGUUUGUCCAUUUCUCAGCCGUCGUUGCAUGACUACAACGUGAAAGUGCCUAAUUUCACGUUUUGUCGAGGACUAGCCUGAGAACAGGCCUUUGGUCGAGCGGGGAACUAUUUUUUUCCCUAAACAGAGAGCCUGUUCACAGGCUAGUCGAGGACGAGAACACGCGACAAAAACUUUUUUUUUUCCUGAACUUUGAUGCAGUCCUUUAGAAUUCAACUCCAAAAAAAAUUGCCAACAUUUGACGAAUUGAACGAGAUGGAACAAGCGCGAUAAAGUUUAAGGCAUCGCGAAUUCACUUUUUAAGUGACGUUUUCGUAGCUGUCGCCGUCGUCGUUGCUUAAGCUCCCUAAUCAGAGCAUGCGCGAGCGCUAUUAGCCCGGGCAAAGGAGUCAACUUGUUUUUUUCUCAUAUAAAUGUUCGCUAAUGUUGACUCCGCUUGGAGGGUGACCCUUCUACUCUGGACAGGUUUUCUCCAUAUUAAAAAGGGCCCUCAAAUUAACGGCUCACAAGGCUAAGCUCAGUGUUUUUUAUUUGUUGCAGACAUUGUUUUCUUUAUCGCCUUGUAUCAGCGGUGGAUUUACCCAAUUGAUCCCAAACGCGUUAAUGAGUUUGGUACAACCGGUGAAAUGGUUGACAGCACAGCUGUAGCAGCAGAUCAAGAAUCCAAGGAAAGUAAAGUCAACGAGAAUGGUGCCGUGACAACCGAGGCCGAAGUGGUAUCGGAUAAAAAGAAUGAUUGAUAAGCUCAAGAUGUUGAGACUGCUGGAAACAUUGCUAAAAUUGUAUCACCACUAAAGCUGUAUGUAGAAGUAUUAUGAGUACCAUAAACUGCCGCUUAUAAAGCCUGGGCACAUACAUCUUCGUAAGGGGUUAAGGAAGGCUUAUAAAUGGAAUAGAAUAAUUGCUUCAAAACAAGCCGUAGCAGUGUUAACCAAAAUACGUUUUCCAUUUACUAGUGUUUUAUUAUGCUUCAAGACGUCGUCAUAAAUCAAAUUCAUACAUUUGGGGGUGGGGGCUCAUUAGCGAAUGUAUUUUUCGUUUACAGGAAGUGGGGCUAAUAACUGGGGCGCUUUUAAGUGGGGGACACUUAUAUCCGGGGACUCAUGAUCUAAUGUAUUUUUUUUGUUUACAGGAAGUUGGGCUGAUAACUGGGGGGCUUUUAAGUGU